CCACCUUUUCACAGUCUCUUCUUCUUAUUUAAUGCUCAUAAUACAUAUAGAUACACAAACAUACAUAUAUAAGUCUCUCUCUCUCUCUGUCUCUUCUCUUUCUCAGGGUCCCAAUAGCUUCUUCUUUGGUUUGAAUUUGGUGGCCGAAGAAGCAACACACACAAAUAACUCCAAAGAGUUUUUUUUUCUGGAUCCUGUGGAUAUGUAUAACAACAACAACAAUAGAGGGCUUUUCCGGGGUUUAGUUGGUAGUAGCCCGGUGCCUCCAUUUACCGAGGGAGAUGUGUGUUCUGAUAGGCAUAAUGCUGUGUUCGACGACGAUGCGAGUAGUGAUGAAGAAAUGGGAAUAGAGGAGCUUGAGAAGAAGAUCUGGAGAGACAAACAGCGUUUAAAGCAGCUCAGGGAGGUGGCCAAGAGCGGGGGGUUAGGGAAAAAGUUGUUGAUGAACCAGCAGCAUCAUGGUGAUGAUCUUCUACAGCAGUCGAGUAAGAGAGCCAUGUUCAAGGCUCAAGAUGGGAUCUUGAAGUACAUGUCUAAGACAAUGGAGCGUUACAAAGCUCAAGGUUUCGUUUACGGGAUUGUGUUAGGGAACGGGAAAACUGUGACGGGAUCUUCUGAUAAUCUCCGUGAAUGGUGGAAAGACAAAGUGAGGUUUGAUAGGAACGGAUUGGCUGCUAUCAUGAAGCAUCAAAGGGACAUCAAUCUUUCUGAUGUAAGUGAUUUAGGAACCGAAGUUGGGGAUUGUACAGUGCAUAAGUUGCUUGAGCUUCAAGAUACAACUCUUGGUGCUCUCUUGUCAGCGUUGAUGCCUAACUGCAAGCCUCCUCAGAGACGUUUUCCUCUGGAUAAAGGCGUGUCACCGCCUUGGUGGCCAACAGGUAAAGAAGAUUGGUGGACUCAACUGUCUUUACCUGAGGAUUGUCGAGGACUUCCUCCUCCUUACAAGAAGCCUCACGAUCUCAAGAAGCUUUGGAAAGUUGGUGUUUUGAUUGCUGUAAUCAGACACAUGGCUUCUGACAUUAGCAACAUACCUAAUCUCGUGAGAAGGUCUAGAAGUUUGCAGGAGAAGAUGACUUCAAGGGAAGGUGCUUUGUGGCUCGCUGCUCUUAAUCAAGAAAAGGCUAAUGUUGAUCAAAUGCAUAACCCUCUUACGUUCUCUAGAGAAAACAACAACGCUUGUAACUUUCCUGUUCCCGGAACUGGUGACAGGGAUGCUAUGUUUCCUGAAUCUGCAAAUUAUGAUGUUGAAGGGAUUGGUGGUGGAUAUCAUCGUUUCAAUCAGCAGUACCCUGAAGUUGACAACAACUUCAACUGUGUUUACAAGAGGAAGUUUGAAGGAGAUUUGGGGAUAUCAAUGCUUCCAACAAUCCUAACAUGUGAGAACAGUCUCUGUCCUUAUAGCCAACCACAUAUGGGAUUUCAUGACAGGAACUUGAGAGAGAAUCACCAAAUGACUUGUCCUUAUAAAGUCACUUCCUUCUACCAACCCACUAAAACCUAUGGUAUGUCCGGUUCAAUGGUUCCUUGUCCGGAUUAUAACCGGAUGCAGCAGCAGCAGGUUCAGAGCAUUCAAGACCAGUAUAAUCCACCCAACAAUCUCUACAGACCAAAAGUUGAACAAAGAGGAGGCAACGGCGAUGACUUGGCUGAGGAUAUGAGUCCUUCUCCUUUGAUGCUGAAUCAUAAUCCUGGUUUAGCUUUACCUGCUGACUUCAAUGGCCAUGCGGAAACAGUAGGAAUGGUGAACAAUCUGCAGAAUCAAGGGCAAGAAUUGCCCACAUCUUGGCUUCGGUAAAGAAAGCUUUCUUGAGUUUACUUUAUAUAUUUUAUAGUUUAUAGCUUUGUUUCUUGCUUUUUUUUUCUCCCAUAUUGAACACAGUUAUUGAUCUCUCCAUUUCAUAGCCCUUGUAGCCAUGGAGAAGAUUAGGUUUCAUGAUAAGUUUAAUAACCAUUCAAAGUUUCAAGAACACUUCAUUAUUGAUUUGAGUGAGUGAGGAGCCUCUCUUUUUCGUCAAGAAACGUAGAAUAUGCUUGUACUAUCUUGUGUUCAGCUUGGGCUUCAAUAGAAGAAGGCCUUUGUAGACAGGCCCAUAUCUUA